AAGUCUCAUCAACAGAAAUUAAAAUUUAUAAUUUUUACCCGCCAUAUUUAGUGGGCCUAGAUUCGGCCCAUCUCUGAUAUUAAUCGGCUUCUUAGAUGAACAACAGUUUUAUUAGUGUGGGUUGUUCAAAAUUGUAUGCAAACCAAAAGCCAGAGCAAUGCUACGUACAAAAGGAUGACUUGCUUUGCUUUAAGUUUCAUGAGUUGUUGACAUUUUCAUUCAUGUCCUUGUGGUGGAUGUUGCUGCUGCUGCAGAUCAUAGCCACCAGUCCAGGCAGCUGGUGGUCCAUAAGGAGGAGGAUAAUAGCCUUCAACGCCUGCAUCUAUGUGCCUGAACCAGCAUUGUCAUCAUCUAUAGGGUAUGUGCACCUAGAACUACAAGAACAUGAGAUAUGUGAAGAUAAUUGUCAUUCAGUUUGCUCCAUGAUGAAUCAUGAAAGUCAAAGGUGAGAUUACAUAUCGAACAAGAACAUGAACAAACAAACCUUGCGCGGCUCGUGAUGUCAUAAAAACUUUUGUGUCCCUACAAGCUACUGAGAUAUAUAGUUAUAUAAUAGCAUAUUACAUAAGCUAUACCAAAAGCAAAACAAAUUAACAAACCUUUUUUUUCUCAUGUUUUUUUUUCGUCGGGGUGGAAGCUAAUCCCUUGGAUAUCUACUCACCAGUGACAGGCAAGCCCGGUUGUUCUACGUAGGAGUUAAAGAACCAUAGCCUUGACCAAUAGGACAACUUUUAUCCAAUGGAAACCACUAUGGUUAUUAACAAACCAUUUUAAGUACCAACAAAGUUAAUAUUUCAUACUAAAUGUGCUAUGUAUUGUGCAUGGAUUAAAUGUUAUUAUAAAAAUAAUUUACAAUUUCAAUUAUUUAAAUGGGCAUUUUACCAAAUUAUAAAUUUUAUACCAUUUAAAUGUCGAGUAUUUCUGUAUUUACAAUAUAUAUUCUGAGUUCACUUAGAUUAUGUAAUUAAUUCAAUACUCAGAAAAUAGUUAUUUAUUUAUUUUUAAAUGAAAAGAUAUGAGUAUAACUUUGGUGUUGAAGCAUCAACAAAAAUAAGUGUUAAUAAGAAUUUAUAUUGUUUUCCAUUAACGAUUAAUUUCUAAUUAGCCCUUUUUCAAAAAAAAAACGAUUAAUUUCUAAUUGCGAAAAGGCUACAACGGCUACAGUUUCCAACUUCCAUAAUGAACCAUGAAAGCCAAAGGUGAGAUUAGAUAUUGAAUUGAGGGGAAAAGAAAACUAUAUAGGGUAUAAAUAUUAAAUAUCAUAGUAAUGAACAUUAAAUAUAUCGGUGGAAUUCACAUGAAGCUCACCAUUUUUACCUAUAUACGUUCCUCACCCUUUACUCUCCAAUAGCUCUAAUAGACCCCCAAAGAAAUAAUGGAAGCCUUGUGGAAGUUGGAGGAUAAACUGAAGCUAACAACGAAAGACGCGGUAGUGAUCUUGGUCGGAACAGCGGCUGCAGUAACGCUCCUCUGCAUAGCCGCAGCGUUUCUCAACCGCAAUUCUCGAGGAAAGCAAGUAGCAGACGCGGAGUGGGCGUUUGUUGAGUCAAGAACAAUGGAUCAAAAGAGGAACUGUAAGUGGAGCAAAGUGAAGAGAAGGUUGAUGGGCUCGUUUUGUUGGAGCUCUGCAGCUAAGUGGAUGGAGAUGGAAACACGACCGCCGCCGCAGAGGACAUUGCUUGCGGUUAAAGAAAGGAGUCUUAAUGCGGUUGAUCAGGUUUGGCAGCGACCGAUUCUGAUGGGUGAGAAAUGUGAACUCCCGCGGUUUAGUGGUUUAAUAUUGUAUGAUGAACGUGGCGAUCCUAUUCAGCAUUCUCCAUCUCAAGAAGUUAAACAGACUUCUCUGGUAAGAACAACUUUGAGAGAUUUGCUUUGAUAGUUGUUUUCUCGAAGUUUCGUGUGUAACAAGUUUUAAAACCGCCAUGAAGGGUAACACAGAAACAACACAUGUUUAUGUAAACCAAUGUCUUAUGUGAUAGAGACAAAUCUUCUUCCUUUCUUGUGUGUUUAUUUGUUUAGAUAGGCCAAAUGGAAAAAAAAGCAAUAUCUUAUGAA